AUGUCUCUUUCCGACGCCAAAGUGUUGUCAUCAGGGCCCUUGCCCGACGAGGAGGCCAAAUGGAUCAAGUUGACAAAAAUCACAUACCAAGACCCCACAGGAACCUCGCGCUUGUGGGAGUCAGCGGAGCGUCGCACUCGGUCCGCCAACACUGAGGUUGAUGCCGUGGGCAUCCUUGCCGUCCUCGAAAACCCAACAACGGGCCGGCGCGAGCUCUUGCUCCAGAAACAGUUCCGCCCUCCCGUCAACAUGAUCACCAUAGAGGUCCCCGCUGGUCUGGUGGACGCUGGCGAGUCGGCCGAGGAAGCUGCAGUCCGCGAGCUGCGGGAGGAGACAGGCUACGUCGGCGUGCCCACCGAGACGAGCCCCAUCAUGUACAACGAUGCUGGCUUCUGCAACACCAAUCUGCGCAUGGUGCACGUCUCCAUUGACAUGAGCCUGCCGGAGAACAAGGAUCCCAAGCCGCAGCUGGAGGAAAGCGAGUUUAUCGACGUCUUCACCGCCCCGCUCGACAACCUCUGGGAGGAGUGCAAGAGGCUGGAGGCCGAGGGGUGUGCUAUUGACGCACGGGUCGCAAGUCUGGCCGAGGGCAUUUUCGUUGCGCAGCAGUUGAAGCUGUAA